AUGGACGCUCUCGCCGGCGUCAUGCGUGCAUUGGAGGAAGAGUUCGCAGAGAAGGAGUGGCUGUCUCACGGGCAAUCAUGGUGGAGCUAUGAGAGAAAGGUGAAGUUUACCGAGAAGUUCUACAACGCGUUACAUGACGCGGGAACGCUGUCGAUCCUCACCUGCAAGUCCUUUUAUCGCAAGCAUAGCCGAGCUGAGCUAGAGGAAGUCGAGUGA